GUUAUUCUUAUGUGAAAGUAGUUGGUUGUCCAGCGUGUUCCUCCCAAAAACAAAACACGUGCUCGUACUGCAGUGGGCGCAGAGCAGCUGAUGGAACAAACAAGCCAGUUUACCAUAGCUUAAAAUAUUUUCGAAAGUAUAUAAGGUUUUCAGCUAUCACUAAAAUGUCGCAUCCAGUAUGUAGUUGUGCUGAACAAGUCAGAAAACUCACACAGCAGGCGCCAGUAAUGAGAAGAGAGAUAAAAAAUCUCAGACAGCAGAUGGAUGGAGCCAUACGAGCACAUAAGAAGCAGAUGUCAUCACUUCAGUCCAUGCUGACAGACUGUAAACACGAAGACAAAUUACAAUCAGUGAGCAAAAGCCCUAGUGAAAUCAAACUAUUAUUAGAGCAAGGACGUAUUCAGACGGUACCGAUUGGAUACAUCAGCUCAUGUUUUGCAGUCAAAAAUGGCACUCCACGACAACCCACCAUAUGCAGUUCUUCUCGGGCCACCUUGAAGAUUGAACCCUCAGUCUUCAAUAACCCUGAGCAUUCUUUAGUUGGCCUGGAACAAUACUCCCAUAUCUGGAUCAUUUUCCUCUUCCAUAAGAAUGGGCAAAUGAACUACAAAGCCAAAGUAAAGCCACCCCGUCUGAAUGGCCAGAGGGUGGGGGUGUACUCCACCCGUAGCCCCCACAGGCCUAAUGCUUUGGGACUGACCUUGGCUAAGCUAGAAGGAAUCACAGGUACCACAUAUUUACAAGACUGAGUGACCUCUGGGACAGCGGUUCUCAACCAGGUGGCUGGAACCCACUAGCAGG